UGGAGCUAAGGAUCGAGUAAAUUAAGUGAGAAUGGCAGAGAUGAAACGGAGAAUGGGGAGAGAGGAGUGGGUGAAGGGGAGGACUGUUGGGAGAGGGGCCUUCGGAACUGUCAACUUGGCCACCAGCUGCGAAUCCUCCUCCUUCAUCGACCGUCACCACCCUUUUCCUUCUCUCUUUGCUGUCAAAUCCGCCAUUUCUGCUUCCUCUUCUUCACUGCAGAACGAGGCCUUCAUUCUCUCCCAAAUCCCCCACUCCCCACGAAUCAUCCGCUGCUUCGGAGGCGAAUGGAUGCUCGGAUCGUCCAACCAUGGGGCUUUCAACCUCUUCUUGGAGUACGUCUCCGGCGGCAGCCUCUCCGACCUCUGCCGCCGAAGCGGGAAGCUCGACGAGCUCACCGUUCGCCGCUACGCCCGCGGGAUCCUCGAGGGGUUGUCGCAUGUUCAUCGCCUUGGGUUCGUUCACUGUGACAUCAAGCCCUCUAAUGUCCUUCUCGACCCUGUGUCCGGCGUCAAGAUCGCCGACUUCGGGCUGGCGAAGCGCGUCGGGGAGAGGGCCCCUCGGGAGACCACCAUUCAAGGGACGCCCAUGUACAUGUCGCCGGAAGUUGCGGCUGGAGACCAGCCGGCACCGGCGUCGGACGUGUGGUCGCUGGGCUGCACGGUCAUUGAGCUCGUCACGGGGAAGCCGCCGUGGGAUGUUCCUGGACGAGGCAGGAGCAAUGUGGUGCAGCUGCUGUACCGGAUUGGCGUAAGCAAAGAGUCGCCGGAGAUUCCUGCCGGUCUAACGGAACAGGGGAAGGAUUUCCUGGGGAGGUGCUUUGAGAAGGAUCCACGAAGGAGAUGGACGGCCGAGAUGCUACUUCACCACGAAUUUGUGUGUUCGAGCGGCGGAGCUGAAGUUCCCAGCGCUGCCACCGAGGUGCCGGAGCAGUUCAGAUCACCUAAAGGCGCACUGGACUCUCUCUGGUGGAGCAGCUCUUCUCAAUCAUCGUCGUCGCCGUUGUCGGAAAGUUCAAUUCCUCAGACCAUCGGUCACCGGCCGGCGGAUUCUCCGGCCAGUAGGAUCCAACAGGUUGCCACGCGUCAUGAGCCCGAUUGGCUCCGAAGUGGUUGUGAGAAGUGGGUCCAGGUUAGGGAAGUAAGAAAUCCGGUCAACUAACGGAACCGCUCUCACUUGGGGACCCAUUUGAUUCCCUUUCUUUGUUGUUCUUGUCCAAAACUUUUCCCAAAAUUUGGUUGUAGGGAAAUUCCUCACUAACUGUAUAUAAAUUUCACUGAUUCGAUUGAAGCCAUUUCACUGAUUCGAUUCGGCUUCAGAUUAUCUUUUGCAGUUAAAGUUUUCACUUUCUUUUGUUGACUAAUUUGGGGAAAAGAAGCAGUUUGUAAGCUCAAAAAUAUAAAGCAUAGAUGAUGGCAGUAUUAAGAAAGUUUCA